GUUUUGUGAAUAAUAUCUCCAGGCUUUGGCCAACCAAGUCAGUUAUUUCCAUGAAGCUGCACGAACCAGGCUGUCGAUGAGAGAUGAGGAAGAGGAGUCAGAAAGGGAACGAGGCUGAGAAAACGGAAGCCUCUGCCAGAUUCAAGCUUUUUGUGAAAUGAAGUACUGGGAGUUGUGGUUUGCUUGUUUUUGUAAAGCAAAAAAGAAUACAGCAUUUAUUAAACAACAGGUGGUGAAGACUUAAUCUGCUGGGAAGUAGAAGAGUACUUCUUCACUUGAAAAAUGCCUCCCAAGUUCAAGCGCCACCUAAAUGAUGAUGAUGUCACUGGUUCUGUGAAAAGUGAAAGGAGAAAUCUUUUAGAAGAUGAUUCAGAUGAAGAAGAGGACUUUUUUCUAAGGGGACCAUCUGGACCAAGAUUUGGACCUAGAAAUGAUAAAAUUAAGCAUGUUCAGAAUCAGGUGGAUGAAGUCAUUGAUGUCAUGCAAGAAAAUAUUACAAAGGUAAUUGAAAGAGGGGAGAGACUAGAUGAACUACAGGACAAAUCAGAAAGCUUAUCGGAUAAUGCAACAGCUUUUAGCAACAGAUCCAAACAACUUCGAAGGCAAAUGUGGUGGCGCGGAUGCAAAAUAAAAGCCAUCAUGGCUUUGGUUGCUGCUAUCCUUUUGUUAGUGAUUAUCAUUCUUGUAGUUGUGAAAUACCAUACUUGAUUUGAUGACAGAUCUUCAUUAAACAAAAUCUGGGACAGUAAUAAAAGAUUGCUGCAUAAUUUAAAUGAAACCCAUGUAUAUAACUUUCAAAGCUUCUUUUUCAAGAAAUUAAGAGGCAAGUGUCACUUCAAAUUGGAGCACUGAGAAUAUCCAGUUAUCUUCUCCCCUUCCAACAAAAUGUGUUUUUAAUAAUUAUGUUUAAGGCAAAGAUAAUAGCAACCUCGAUUUUACCAUAUUCCAAGGGUCUGAUUUGAAACUAGAUACUUGCCAGUUCACUAUCUGUGUAUAUAAUUUAACACUGAUAACAAUAUUUCAUACUGUUAUUUUAAUGGCAUAAAGACUUGGAUUCAUUGCAUCAAGUUGGGAGUCAGACUGGUGGUCAGGGAGCCUCUGUAGAGUACCAAAUCAUUAUGCUGAAAGACAUGUAUAACCAUUCGACCAAUCUUUGCAAGAUUUUUCUCAUGUUACAAUUGCUUUGCAAGCAAUUUUCACAGGUUUAUGGGUAUAGCAAAAGCUAAAUGUUAUAAACGUUGCUGCCUUUCAGCUAUAACUAAAAACAUUCCAGUAAACCUGUUUUUGACUGUUUAAGGAAAUGUGUAGUGAUUUUUUGGUGUUUGGAUUAUGGAAAUGGGAGAUUUCAAUAGUGUGAAAGCGUAAUAUGGCACCAUACAACGAGUAAUAAAAUUAUUGGGGAGUUCCUGUCGUGGCUCAGUGGUUAACAAAUCCAACUAGGAACCAUGAGGUUGCAGGUUCAAUCCCUGGCCUUGCUCAGUGGGUUAAGGAUCCGGUGUUGCUGUGAGCCAUGUGGUGUGGGUCGCAGACGCAGCUCGGAUCCCGUGUAGCUGUGGCUCUGGCGUAGGCCGGCGGCUACAGCUCCAAUUGGACCCCUAGCCUGGGAACCUCCAUGUGCCACGGGUGCGGCCCUAGAAAUGACAAAAAAGACCAAAAAAAAUUAUUGGAAAGCAUCAUUGGAGUAUUUGAAAAUUAUCAACAUAAAGCUACAAGUCAUGGUCCACUUUAUUUUCAGUUAGCCUCCAAUAAGGAAAGACCAGUCCUCAUGUGAGUAUAUUAAAUCCACAAGUAACUUGCUUGCUAAUUUUUGUAAAUAGCUCUUUAAUGUCAGCUAGCUCUUUUACAAAAAGUGUGAAAAGUAGCAAAGUCAUGUGCUUAGAGUUUGCUAUUUUUGCAUUGUCUAGUUAUCUCCUGGGUCAUGCAUGAUAUACAUACAAUCAAGUGUCAAAUGAGCCACAAUAAUGACUGUAAAGGGUCAGGAGUCUAGGUAAGCAGUUUGUCAGUAACCAAAGGACAAGGUCACCAUUAAUCUCAGUCUGUUUUUAUAAUGAUAAAAAGAGUUAACUUGAAAAUGUGCCAGCCUCCUUGGGUUGUUUAAGCAUGUCAGAGUGAAAAUACAUAGUCCUCUAAUGUGUGCGAGGAGGAAGUUUCAUAGUAAAAUUCAAAGUUCUGUGGGAACUUGUGUACAUGGACAUUCUCACAAUAUAUAUAAAACUCUAAAUUUGAAAUAAGAUUAAUAGGAAAUACCAGUGUUUAAAUAAGGAAAAAAUGAUCCUUAUAGGGUUCAUUGUGGUCACUUUAAUAUCAAAAAUGUAUGAAACAGAAUUUUUUUUUAAUACUACAGCAUUAGUAUUAAGGUGCAAAAAUUUUCUGUUUUUAAUGGAAAGAAAUUUGAAGGGAGAAAGCAGAUUAAGAAAUACUCAAGACAUUUGCAAGUUAUGAAGAUCUAAAUAUAACUACUAAAUAUUAUAGUCCACUAAGAACAUUUAAAAAGAGAUAAAGGUCUUACCUACUAUGGAGUGUUUUCUCAGAGGUCUCUUCACUCUUUGUAAUGUCAGUUAAUAAAUACUAAACCCUUUGACAGAGGAUGAUAACCAGGAAAAUGAGCAUUUUUAGAAUUUCAGUAGCUACUACAGAAAUGGAAAUGCUAUGAGUGGACCCAAUCAGGCCCAACAGGUAUAUAUGUGUCCUUUAUUUGGGAUUGGAACUAGACUCACCAGUGGUUAAUUUUCCAUUAUUUGGUGUAGAAGUCUGGUUUCUCCGUAUCAUCGGUGAAGAUGAAGAUUAUUUCUCAAAGAAUUCACAUUUCCAGUGUUUCUUUAAUAAAACUAUGCUUUUAAAGAAAUAAAAUUGUAAAAUUUUUUAAAAAUUUAGCCAUGAAAAACAAAUAUUUAUAUGACAAUAUCAUAUAUAUAUAUAUGUCGUUCUCUUUGUAUUUUAAAUAUAUUGCUGCUGAGAAUAUUGGGGACAGAUUUGUCACUCAGAGCUUUGUACUAGUGGUGGCUUGAUUCACAGCUUAUCAUUUCAGUCUUUCUUGGUUUUCAUUAAUCUUGAGAACCUUAAAAUGGCUAACAUGGCUAUUAUUCUAAACUUGGAGACAUGAGCCUUCAAAAAAAGAGAAAUACACUGUUCAAAUUGAUGCCAGGCCUACCUUCCUUCCCUCCUUAAUCAUUCUUUUUCCUUCAGCUCAGAUGAUCUGCCCUUAAAAAAUGAAGUUUCCCCACCAUCAAAACUUUUAUUAUUUAACAACGAAGAUAACAGAAAAAACUUCGAGUAGCUUUGUGAGUACUAGGUGAUACCCAGCAAAUUCAGGUCACUAUUUUUAUAAUGCUUAAAACAUACCCUCAUUUUAUGUUUAACUACUGAAAUCUGUUGCCGUGCAGCAAUUGUGUGAUUAAUCCUACUGAUUAUAACUUAGUAAUACCUAUGGGUUUCUUCGUUGUUUGUUUUUUUAGGGCCACAACUGUCCCACAGCAUAUGGAAGUUCCCAUGCUAGGGGUCGCAUUGGAGUUACAGCAGCUGACCUAAGCCACAGCCACAGCAACGUGGGAUCCGAGCCACGUCUGUGACCUACACCACAGCUCACAGCAACACCGGAUCCUUAACCUACUGAGCAAGGCCAGAGAUUGAACUUACAUCCUCAUCGAUCCUAGUCAGGUUCGUUAUGCGCUGAGUCACGAAGGGAACUCCGUACCUGUGGCCUUUUGGCUCCUCUAGAACAUUAUCCAAAAUGGAGGCAGAGUAAUUAGUACAUAUCAAAUACAGAAAAAGGUUUGUUAGCCCUCCAGUAGAUUGCUUAUUGUAGUCUCCCUGUGCCAUCACUCUGCUUUGAAAAACUAUAACUUCAUUUUUUAUAGCACAAAUUGUCAUCUUUCAAUUCUGUGUAGCAUGUGGGUAUCCUGAAAAGGGUUAUAUAUGUACAAACUGAGCAAAAAGGAUUUCUCAUUGUCUGUACGCUCUUAUACAUGCUUGAUGGCCUGUCAGCAUUGUUGCCCACACUGUCUACAUCUAUAUAUAUAUACUAUGAUUAGAAAAUAUGCAAGAGAUUUUUUUUCAUGUUGAGAGUGAACGCCAUUAGAAGAUGUCUUUAAUGCAUUGAGUCAGUGUUCAUAAGUCAAGGAAAACUCUUAUUAGUUUCAUUUUAUGUUUUCACCUGGAAAUGUGAUAGAAGCCAGUUUUUCCCUAAGUAGGGAACCAAAACCUGAAUCAAUCCAAUUACAUUUAUCCAUUUGUUUUUGAAUGCAAUAUAGUGCUUACAUUUGUUUAGGAAAUUGCCGCUAAGCAAUGAGACACUGUCUGGAGCUGAAAGGUGCCCUACUUACCAAGCCAUCCACCGUGUUUCCCAUGGCGUAGACAAAUUCCUUAGACUGAUGUAGGGCUUCGGGCUUCUGUUUAUGUUGGUCUUAUUCUUUUUCUCAAGGUCAAGUAGAAUAAGGGAUAGGUGACACAAAUUGUGAUUCUGGCUCCUAUUUUAUUUAAGAAGCUGCUUGGAACAAGUCAGUAGGAACUGAAAGGAAAGCAUGACCGACUUGAUUAAGGGGGACACAUGUAAGCUUGGCAAAGCACAGAUCACAUCAUAUUUGUGUCCCCACAGCACCCAGCAUGAUGCUCUGUACCUGGCACUUGCUAGGUGAACAUGCCUAGGAAAUCACAAAGGCACCAAGUGUGCUCGUACCUAAGUGUGCGUCAGCAUCCGGGUCGUUACUGCAGGGAUGACAUGAUUGACAUAAUACGGGGUCUACUGCAUUUACUGGGAGAUAGCAGUGCUUCUUAUAAAAAUUGGGUAAAGAAAAAUUCUGACAUUAUAGUACUCCAUUAGGUUAUUUUCAUUUGAAAAGUCUUAAAAUCAAAUAACCUAUUAAUUAAAUACUUUAAGGCUACAAAGUAAAUUGCACAAAUCAGAUUUUAGUCAGUAACAUGUCAGAAAUCAAACUGUAAGAAAGCUCAAGCAUUUCGUUUUAUGCCUGGGGUGUAUGUCAUUGUUUAAAAUUCUACACUAUUUAACCAUUUUGAUAAGUGCCUUUGAUGUUUUUAAGGGGGAUACGAGCAAUGUAAAUGAUGUCCAUCCUGUACCUUUCCCAAGUCUUCGUAACCACUGUUAUACCAGUGUUGCCUAGUCCUUAGUGUUCAUACCAGAUAUUUAUUUGUAGCCCCUCCAUGGUAAAUAGUAAAAUAAACCAUUUCAUAGAAAAUAAAA